ACUGUCACAACCGGAAGUCUCCCAGAGGCGGAGCCGAGCCGUGGAGCCUGCCCCUCGAGUCGCUCGCCAUGGCUGCGUUAGGCAGCGGUGUCCGGGAGCACGAGGAGCCGGUAUUGUUCCGCAGAGGGACCGGGCAGAGUGAUGAUUCUGAUAUAUGGGAUGAUACAGCAUUGAUAAAAGCAUAUGACAAAGCUGUGGCAUCAUUUAAGAAUGCUUUAAAGAAUGGUGAAAUUUCUGAAACUUCAGACAAACAAAAAAGUGCUGGACCCAAAAGAAAAAAUAUUAAGAACAGAAACAAGAAAAAAACUAAUCCAGCGCCAUUGAAACAGUGGAAAGUUGGUGAUGCUUGUUGUGCAGUUUGGUCCGAAGAUGGCAACAUAUAUCCAGCUACUAUUGCAUCAGCUGAUCUGAAGAGAGGGACAUGUGUUGUAGUUUAUACUGGCUAUGGAAAUAAAGAAGAACAGAAUUUGUCUGAUCUUCUUCUUCCAAAUAGCGAAGGAGUUCAUGAUGAAGAAACACUUCAUGAAAAUGAAAAUGAAAGUCAAAGUCAGUAUUCAACAGAUGAAAGUGAAAAGUCCUCCAGAUCACCUGGAAGCAAACAGAAUCGAAUCAAAUCCAAAGCUGCACAUUGGAAUUCUUAUUUCCCUCCUCCACCACCACUUCCUCUCCCAGUGCCAGGGCUAGGCAAGCCUGGACUGAAAUUCAGUGGCCCACCACCCUUCCUUACAGGCUGGCCUCCACCAUUUCCUUCAGGACCACCAUUGAUUCCCCCACCUCCUCCCAUGUCUCCUGAUUCUCCUGAAGAUGCUGAUGCUUUGGGAAGUAUGUUAAUAGCCUGGUACAUGAGUGGCUAUCAUACUGGUUACUAUCUGGGCUUAAAACAACAUCAGAAAGAAGGAAGGCAUCAGCACUUCAAUUAAGGAGUGCAUCAUAGAGGAAAAGAUAUGAACCUAACACUAGGGGACAGCUGCAACUAUUAAGGAUGUGACCAAGCCUCUCUUGAUUCUUGUUUGCUGGUUGUUUAUUCAUGUGUAUGUAUCCAAGUAAAGCGUAAGCACAAAGAAAAUAAAUAAAAAUAUAUUUUAAAAAAUAAAAGGUCACAAUAGAGAAAAAAGACUGAGGAGAAGAGUACAAAGUGGGCUUAUCAAUUGAUGUUUUGUUCUCCGCAUCCUGUUUUUGAGAUUUUUUUUUUUUAAAAAGUUUAAUUCUUAUUUUUUUUUAAAAUGGUUUCAACAUAAGAAAGCUACUUCUUUAUCCUCUUAAGUGGUCAAUGAUAAAUGUUUAAUUGGUGAAUUAAUUCUGUGUAUUUAUAUGAACUUUUUGGUGAUAGUUUCUUGAAUUUCUGACUAUGGAUUCAUAAAAAAUACAUAAUUAUAUACUAUUUUGCAUUAUGGGGAGAGGGAAAGAGCAUUGAAACUGUUUUCAAGUUUUUGGUGGUUAGAUAUUAUGACUUUCGAUGAGUCAUUUAAAGCUUCUCUGAGCCUUAUUUUCUCAUCAGUAGAAUGUGGGAGUUGGUCCAGAGGGCCUAAGAUGAUCCCUUCCACCUUGAUAUAACUUGUGCUAUGAGCUUUAAAUUUCCUGAAGUAGAAAUUACUUCCAAAUCUAGUCCUUUCCACUAUAUAACUCCCUACCCACUGUAGGGUAAAUAUUGCACAAUUUCAUACUUUUUUUAGACUGACUUAUACAGACAGAAUUCAAAUUCCCCACCUAAAACAUUGAAAGCAACUCUCACCAGAACUUUCAAAUCAUUUUCCAGAAAUCAAACUUGAAGGAUGUAUGAAGCUCUGGAUGUCACCAGUAAUGCUAAUAAACCAGGCCUCUGGCAGAGGAUAAGAAGAGUUGAAAGCCAUGAUAGAAUGAGAGAAAGUAGUUCAGCAAAAGAGAGGGAAAAUUGAGUUUGGGGAAG